GUCUUGCAAGGCGCCCUCCAUGACAGCCUUGCACAGACAAGCACCGGUGCUCCUGCCGGGCCUGUGCUUGCUCGCCAUGCUCCUGGCCCAGGCCGCAGCAUGCUCCCCCCCAUGCAACAACGUCUCCACCGUGUGCGACACCGCUGCGGGGGCUUGUGUGUGCAAGUCGCCGUACGCCGGUAGCCCGUGCGCACUGCCACUGCCGACCUCUCCGGCUCACUCGGAUGACGGAUACUACACCCGAGGCCUGUUUGUUAUCUACGCGCUCCCGGUCCUCCUCCUCCUCCUCACUGUCCUCUUUGGCACACUCUACCUCCGCUGCACCGGUGAGACCGAGUCGUUUGAAGACAUCAUUGCCGAGGAUCGCAUGGUCGUUGCCCGCGAGCGCGCCCGCAAGACCGACGCCGCCACCACCGUCGUCAUCAACCCGGUCGGGCCCGAGGCCGGCCUCCGCGACUCGGCCCCGUCGUCCCAAACAGCCACACCGCGCGCCACACCAGCUGGCCUCAACACCUCGGUCGCAGACCUCACCAUGGCCGACGACGACUCAGGCGACGGCUACUCCUCUGACACUCCGCCCGGCGCUACAGUCAAGGUCGAGACCAUUGCCAUCGACUCGGGCUCAAGUGACGUCUGACACGCGCGAUCAGACACGAGCAUCCGGCCACGGGCCGCUGGCCGCCAAGCAAACGACUCCCCUAUGCACAA